AUGGCUAUUAAUUUUACUGAUCCCACGUGUGGUUUCAGCCACAGGGAAGUGGUAGCUUUCUUAAAUGAACAAAUAGUUAAAAAUGGGCCUAGUAGAUUCUUCUGUAGGUUGCAGUUGUGUAACUCUUGGAGCGAUCUAGAAGAAGAGCUACAGGCCAUCGUGACGGACUCGGCGAUACCAAGGACCCUGAAGAAAUCUUGCGCGUGGAGUGCCCUGGCCAUGGCAGUGGGCAUAGGUGAGAUGCAGAGGCUGGAGUUCAGAGAAAAGGUAAGGCUGAUGCAUGAUCAGCUGACUGAGCAGAGGCUGUUCAUUAACGCCUUGUUGGGGAUGGUACAAAGACAGAGGGAUAAACCUCAAGAUGAAAGGGCCAUCGCCGAGUCCCAAUUCCAACAGGGACUCACGGGCCUUGAUAGAGUAGUAGGGCGGCCGAGGUUUGUCACAAAUAUGCCCCUUAGUGUGAUGAGGACUCAGUAUCAAAAUCAGGAAGGAAGGAGAGGUGAGGGCCUGGGAACUGGGACGUAUGGAUUAAGUAAUGUGUUCCGUGCAGAAGAGUUCUAUGACUGGACUGUGAGACAGCCUCUAAGGGGUGGCCACGCUGCUGCUGCUGCUGCUGCUGCUGCAGCUCCUUGUGUAGAGGAAACCAGGUUUUCUGGAAGAGCAAACAGAAACGAGGCAGAUAAUUAUUCUCAGCGUGAAAUCCAAAGGGCUUGGGCUCAGCCUUGUGUGCUUUCGUCCUCUAGCUCAGUCCCACGUCACUUUGGUUCCCAAGUGGCAGCAGCAGCAGCAGCAGCAGAAGUCAAACGAAUGCCCAUAGUUCCUCCUUACACCCGUUCUAGACCUAGCAAGAGAGGUAGGCAGUCCCCGCCCAGGAAGAUCCAUCCUGAGAAAGUCAAGCCAAGGGAGGACACCGGUGGUGAGAACAAAAAGCGUAGCAUGACUUGCAUGGCUGGGGAUUGGUACUGUGAUAAGUGUAAUGUGAUGAAUUUCUCCUGGAGAAAUGUAUGUUUCAAAUGUAAGCAGUUCAAGGAAACAAAAGUAAUUGAAGACUUUUUACACCGUUGGAGAAACUCUGUGAUUUAA